UCGAGACAGUUUCUCUUGGCCUCAGGAAAAUGCUCAGCUCCGCCUGUCGUCGGUCGUCAGGGGCGCUGCUGCGAUUAGCUUUCGUCGGCCCGAUGACCACGGCGAACAGGCCCUCUUCAGUGGGGGUCGUGAUACCGUGACAAGCCUUGAGGGCACGGACCUCGCGAGGAUCAGUCACGACGCUCAGAGCUCCGCUGACGGUAAAAUGGAGGGGAUCAGAAGGUUGGCAUACCAAGAUAAUACCUCAGACACUACUCAUAGCGAAUAUGAGUAA